AUGCCCCCUCAAGCAAGAAGAGAAAUAGAGAUUGGACCAUCUUAUCGACGCUCCAUUUCAUUGAAUGAAGUAAAAGCAUCCAAUGAUCAUCAAGAUCCUGUUUCUUUGUGUAAGAUUGAAGAUGUAAUCUCGGGUGACUUACAAUAUAAUUCUUCGCUUGAUGAUAAUGUUGUCCAGCACACUCGAGGCUUUGGUCCCAAUUUCCAAGCUAAAGUUCUUGGGGAUAUUGACAAUAAACAGGAUGCUGAUAUGGAUUACCAAGUCACUGUGGACUUUUAUCCAAGCCUUCAUCGUGUUUUAGCAGAGAAAAAGGCCAAUAACAAUUUUUUCUUUCAUGGACAUGCUGUAUUUGCGACAUAUCUUAUUGAAUGGACAGACCUUAUUUUGCGCACAAAUCGAGAUACUUUGAAUCACGCUAGAAUUUAUGGAGCUGUUUAUAUAUCGAGAUAUCCAUUCAAUUAUGAGAGAUCUGUAUGGCGAGCUUUUUCUGAACUCUGGGGUCCUCUGUCUAACACAUUUCAUCAUAGCAGCGGUGAGAUGGGAAUAUCUCUGUAUGAUUUGAAGGUUAUUGGAGGGUUACCUAUUUUAGGAAUUCCUUAUGAAGAGUUCAUACCUCUUAACAAAAAAUUGGUUGGUGUCACUCCAUAUCAUUCUACUACUGCAGAGUGGAUAGAAUUUUUCUAUAGACGGAAAAAGAUGUUUCAAGGUGUGAGACAAAACUCGACUUGUGAGGCCAUUGGAGAAGACGGCCAAAGGAAAGGUAAAUCAAAAGUUAAUCUUCAUUCUAUUCCAUUGAACAUUUCAAAAGACGGUAGUCUUGCAGCCUUUCUGUCUUUAUGGCUAAGUCGUUUUGUUUUUCCUACUAAGGGCUCCAACAUUAGACCUGAAACUUUUUAUACGGCUUCAAUGAUGGCCCACGGACACAAAGUUUCACUUGCACCCUCUGUUUUGGGAUACAUUUAUCGAGCUUUGUAUGAUUCAUCCAUACAUGGCCAGGGGCGAGGUCAAGCCUUCUUACCUAUGCAUUAUGUGAUAGGUUGGUUAGCCGAGCAUUUUCGCCAUCUCUAUAGUGGUUGGGAUCUUAUGGCUCUUCCUCAUUUAAGUAAGUAUGUCGGGAUCCCUGCUGAACGCCGAAGCAUGAAUGGGGCUAGACAUAUUUUAAGGGGAGAGGAUUAUGUUAUGCAUCGGCCAUAUUCAUUUCCCAUGGAGAAAGAUCUAGACUUUCUGGAUAAUGAAGAUUUAUCUGAUGAGAAAUUUGAGUUACUGAUUUCUAUGCGUUCUUCUUUGCUACCCGUAAGAGUGGGUAAUGAUGCAUAUUUAGAACCUUAUUAUCCUAACAGAUUUGCUCGCCAGUUUGGUUUCGAUCAAGGUGUGCCCUCAGAUAAGUUUUGUCUGAGUAUUCCUAGGAGGAGGCAAUGUGGAAUAAGCGAAAUCGCUAAAGCUUGGGUUUUAAUAUUAAGGAGAAAUACUGGCAUCCACUUUCACAUUCCUAGGACUCUCCGUAUGGGUCAAUGCACGUGGUGGUACUGUCGUUGGUGGUUGAGGAGUUGCAUUCCAUACUUGGGGAAAUCUGUGAAGGCCAUUCAUUCAACAUUGUCCAAGCAACCAUUCAAAGAAGAGGAGUCAAAUUAUGUGAUCAAAGACAUUCGCUUACUUUACUCCAACCCUGAAGAAGUUUUUGAGAGAUGUCCUCCCCAACAUAAUGAAUUUACUGGCGCCAACUAUGCUGAUACUGAGUCGGACAUUGGAUCAGAAAAUGUCCAUUCCUUAGUCCCACAUUUCAAACAAAAGAAACGUGCGAAGCAUGACGAGUAUAGUCGUAUUGAAGAUGUCUUCUUCCCACUAACUUAG